AUUUAUUUUGAGACAUUUUUUAAAUUCACAGUACACUUAAAGCCUUUAAAGCCUUUUACAAGCAAAUCAUUUUAUUCACAUUUCAAACUCCAACAAAAUAAUUCAAUUAUAACAGCAGGGGGAAACGCAAAAGGAUAUUCCCACAAAAAUACAAUGACAUCGAUCGUGGGUGCGCCCAAGGUGGGUGUGGGAGAGGCCGUGAAUCCAUGGGAGAAGAUCGACUGGCCGCCAGAGAUCGAGCAGCAUAUCUACAAGGACUGGGGCGGCUACUACUCCCGCCGCCGCAGGGAGAACUUUGCCAUGCACUACUUUAACAAGGCCCUCGAGCUGGAUGCCCAGGAUCACAUGACGAUGUAUAAGCGCUGCCAGAGCAAGCGGAAGGCGGCCCAAACGCAGGGUGCCCUGCUGGACAGCCGCGAGGCUGCGAGAAUGGCGCGAAGGACGAGUGGCGAGAAGGCCUACAUCAAUCUGGAAAUAUGCGAUGCACUCUACGAACUCAAUCAGUUCGAGAACAGCAAGGCCGAGAUGCACAACAACAUUCGCCAGUUCACGGGGAACAAGACGAGGAGCUUCGAGAACCGCUUGGUGGUGGUGGACGAGGUAAUCAAAGAUUGUACGGGUGAUGCGAUGACCGCAUUCUUCUCGAAACAAUCCAGGACAGUCCAAAUUGUGAACGAUCUGAUGAAGGCCAACGAGAUAGUGGACAAGCGGCCCUUGUGGAAGGUGCUGCGGGAGCAGAACAAAUGCGAUGUUGUCAGCAUACCCGAGAUUGAGGAGGUGCUGCUCUCCCCACUGGAGAUUGCGCGCCGGAAGCGAGCCUUCAAUAUCUUCCAUCAGACGUACUUGAACGAGUCCUGGGUGGAUGUGCUGUUCAUGAAGAGCCUGCUCAGUAAUCCCGCCCUCCUGCUGUCCCAGUGCAGGGAGUCCUCCUACUUUCUGAACAAGAUCAGUGUCAAGCAGUACGAGAUUGUGCGCAAGUUUAUGAAAAUGUUACAAUCGCGUAGUCCUUUGUAUUACGUGAACUUCAUGAAGUAUCGCAACAAGAAGCUGUCGGACCGGUACCGCGAGUCCUUCCUCUACCACGUACAGUACCAGACAUACCGCACCAUGAACGCGGCCCUGAAGCGCAUUCGUGUGCUGCGCAAGGAGAAGAGGGUCAAGACUUUGACCAAAUUCGUGGAGGAGGUGAUGGGCGAUUACGUGGUGAAGAAGACGCACCGCGUGAUGUGCUGGAAGUUCGAGUUCCUCAACGAGAUGUACAACACCCUGGCCCUGGCCCUGGCCGAACAACUGACGCCCCCCAAGCGCUUCAAUCCCAACGAGCCAUCGUCGAUCCUCAGGCUACUGCAUUUGCCAACGGACAAGCUGAUGGAAUUUGUGUCGUUCAUCUUUGGUGAUCGCUCCACCCACCCGGAGCCGGACCUCCAGGACCCCGCCACCAUGAGGGCCAAGAGACUGUUGGCGCGCCUCGAGCACAGAAUGAUCUUUGCCAAGUACUCGAUCGAGAAGUGCUAUCUGAUGCACCAGAUAUCUCAGUGCCACCUGGAACAGGGCCAUCACUCCGAGUGCGCAUUUGUUGCCCGCAAGGGCGUGAAAGAGUCCAAGAACUGCAAUAGCAACCUUUGGAAGUUCCUCAAUGUGGUGCAGAUAGUCAAGGCGAAUGCCGUCGUGCACAAGCUGGAGCAGACCAAAGACGCCCUGGAGGCUGCCCUGCCCAUUGCCCGGGCCCUUAAGUCGCGGACCCUGGUGUCAUUUGUGGAGACCUGCAUGGUGUGCAACCACGAGGAGUCGGUCAAGAAGAAGAACACUGUGAUACUCAGUACUCGCGCGAGCAGGGCCGAGUCUAGUAACCGUUCGAAUGGCAGCUUCAGAGAGUUGUCAGCCGGCGAGGACACUUAGUUAUGCCAUUCAGCAUAUAGGUUUUUUAUUGAUUAUUGUUUUUGUAGCAUCGUUUUAUAGAUGGGGGCCACUGACCCCUGUAGUUUUAAACUUACUUUUCCGACAUGAAUAAACCACCGUAAGCACAAAGCAAAACAAAAAACAAAUAUAAAUA